AUGGAUAAAUACAAAAAAAUAAGAGUAGUUGGAAAAGGUAUUAUGAUAAAAUAAAUCAGGUAGUUUUGGAUAUGCUCUUCUAGCCUAGGCAUUGUCAAAUAAGAAAAAUUAUAUAAUAAAAGUAUCAAAUGAUUUAAAUUAGAUUAUUGACAUAUCUAAGAUGGACAGAAAAUAAAGAGAGGAAGCAUUAAAUGAAGUUCAUGUAUUGAAGGCCAUGAGGCAUCCCUAUAUUAUUACAUAUAGAGAAUCAUUUAUGGAGAAAAAGUAUUAUUUUUUAUUGAAACCUUUGAUAGAUGUCUAUGUAUAGUAAUGGAUUAUGCCGAUGGAGGUGAUUUGUACGGUAAAAUAGCAAAACAAAAAGAACUUGGAAUACUCUUUUCGGAAGAACAAAUACUAGAUUGGUUUGUUUAGAUGGCAUUGGCUAUGAAUCACAUACAUGAGAGGAAGAUUUUGCAUCGUGAUUUGAAAACUUAAAAUAUAUUCCUCACAAGCAAAAAUGAUGUGAAAAUAGGGGAUUUUGGUAUUGCACGUGUUCUCUAGCACACAUAUGAUUGUGCCAAAACAGCAAUAGGGACCCCAUACUAUUUAAGCCCAGAAAUAUGCUAAGAAAAACCUUACAAUCAAAAAUCUGACAUCUGGUCGCUUGGUUGCAUCUUGUAUGAAUUAACUACCUUGAAUCAUGCAUUUGAUGCAUUGUCUAUGAAAGAAUUGGUUUUAAAAAUAUUAAGAGGAACUUAUCCUCCAAUACCAUCACAAUAUUCUUCAGAAUUAUAAUCUUUAAUAGCUGAUAUGCUGAUUAAGGAUCCAUCAAAGAGACCAAGUAUAAAGAGAAUUUUGGAGAGAGAUUUCUUAAAAUAAAGAAUAGGAAGUUUAUUAGUCUCAACACUGAAUAGACAUGAAUUAUAGGAGUUGACUGAAAUAAAACCUACUGAAAAUCUGUAACAUAUAUAAUCUUAUAGUUAGUUUUAUAUAACCUUAAUAAACAGCAUAAUAAUUUAUUUUAUAAUAAAAACAGUUUGAAUAAAAUAAGAUAUCUCAAAAUCAGAGUUAAAAUAAUUCCCCUAUUACCUCAAGAUAGAUUAUUCAAACAGUAGCUAGUAAGAAACCUUCACCCAAAAAGGAUAACAGCAAAGUAGAGUUAAAAUCAUUGUUUAAUAGGCAAAAUUCACCUUUGCAAUCAAUAAAUUAAAAUUAUUCUAUACAAUAAUAACAAAUUUAUUCUUAAUAAUAAUAGUAACAACUUAUGGAUGAAAAAUUUGAAAAACCUCAUUCAUUUGCUAGUGUAGUUAGUUAGAAGGAAAAUCAAUAAUAGUAGCAGCCUCCUAAAUAAUAAUAAAAUAUAGAAUUAUUAAAUAAAUUUUAUUUAAAAGACAAUACAAACAUUGUUAGAUUACAAAGUAAGAGUCCAAUUUUGCAGGAACAAAAAAGAAAAGAAUCUAUAGUAAGUUUGGUAAGAGAAGAUGACAGUUUUGAGCAAUAAUAAGGUUAUAAGUUCCUUAUCAAAGACAUGAGGAAAUGUUUGGAUAAAAAAUAAUCGAAGGAAGAGGAAGAAUCAAUCAUUGUUGACAAUUUCAAAAUAGUUCCUUAGUAAUUUUAUCAGUAAUAUAUUUAUAGAUUUCUUAAUCAAUAAAAAUAAUUUUAAGUUCCUGGAACCUCUGAAAGAGAUACUAUCGGCUAUAAGAUAGAAGCUCUCAGAUAUUAUUUGGAAUAGCAAAUGGGUUUAGACACUUUCAUGAAAGCUUAUCAGACUUUAGAGAAUAGUUAAGAAAGUGAAUAAUUGAAAUAAGCAAAUUAAUUACUAAAUUAAGAAUUAAGGAAAUACAUACCAUUAAUAAUCUAAUUAAUAGUUUGUGAAGAUUCAUAUUAUUGA